UAAUGCAGCCUUCCCAGAAACGGUACGUGCAGUUUCUCAGCGGGCUCCUGUCGGGGUCGGUGAAGAUGAACGCCUCGCCACUGUUCCUGCAUUUUGUCAUCCUGCACGGCACUCCCAACUUCGACGCGGGCGGAGUGUGCCGGCCCUUUCUGAAGCUCUACCAAGCCAUGCAGCCCGUGUACACGUCCGGGAUCUACAACGUUGGCCCGGAAACCCAGAGCAGGAUCUACAUCGCCAUCGAGCCUGCCCAGCUGCUGAAAGGGGACAUCAUGGUCAAGUGCUAUCACAAGAAGUACCGCUCGGCCACCAGGGAUGUGAUUUUCCGCCUGCAGUUUCACACGGGGGCCGUUCAGGGCUACGGACUCGUGUUCGGGAAGGAGGAUCUGGACAACGCGAGCCAAGAUGACCGUUUUCCUGAUAACGGCAAGAUUGAGUUGCUUUUCUCUGCCACUCCCGAGAAGAUUCAAGGGUGUGAACACUUGCGCAAUGACCACGGCGUGAUCGUGGACUUCAACACCGCAGACCCUCUCAUCCGCUGGGACUCGUACGAGAGCCUGAGUGCCGCUGGAGAAGUGCUGCACACGCAGGGCCCCGUCGAUGGCAGUCUUUAUGCCAAGGUGAGGAAGAAGAGCGCCUCGGAUCCCGGCGUCCCCGGAGGGCCCCCUGCUGUCCCCGCCGCCGGCAGCCCAGACCACGGCGACCACACCCUGUCGGUCAGCAGCGACUCCGGCCACUCCAGCGCCUCCGUCAGGACCGACAGGACCGAGGAGCACCUUGCCGUGGGGCCGAGGCGGGGCCUGAGCCCCCAGGAGAAGGCCGAGCUGGACCAGCUGCUCAGCGGCUUUGGCCUGGAAGAUUCUGGAAGCCCCAUCAAGGAUAUGACCGAUGCUCCCAGCAAGUACAGCGGGACACGCCACGUCGUACCUGCUCAGGUGCACGUGAACGGGGACGCCACGCUCAAGGACCGGGAGACGGACAUCCUGGACGACGAGAUGCCCGGCCAUGACCUGCACAGUGUGGACAGCAUCGGAACCCUGUCCUCCUCGGAGGGCCACCAGUCGGCCCACCUGGGCCCCUUCACCUGCCACCAGAGCAGCCAGAACUCCCUCCUGUCGGACGGGUUUGGCAGCAACCCCAGCGAGGAUGCCCACGGCAGCCUCGCCCCUGACCUGAGCCUCGGCGUGGACCCCCCCCUGUACGAGCGGGAGCGGGCGUUCGGGAUCCGAGACUCCAAGCAUCCGCAGCCAGUGCUCCGGAGGCCCUCUGUGUCCGCCCAGACGCAGGCCUACGGACAGAGCGGCUACUCCACGCAGACCUGGGUGCACCAGCAGCAGAUGGUGGCUGCCCACCAGUAUAGCUUCGCUCCCGAUGCCGAGGCCAGGCUCGCCGGCCGCGGCCCGGAGGACGGCUCUGGCCUGGUGCAGGCCCAGCCCAGGGUUCCGGUCACCCCUACCCGGGGGGUGGGCGGCAGAGUGGCCCUCCAGAGGGGCAUGGGCCCCGCGCCCCAUGUCCCCGAUGCGCAGCGGCCCCCUCCCGGCAAAGCGUUCAAGCCCAGAUUUCCAGACGUCAGAGUCGUGAACGGGACUGGACCGGAGCCGAGCGCAGACCCCUCCCCAGGCUCACCCACCCUGGACAUCGACCAGUCCAUUGAGCAGCUCAACAGGCUCAUCUUGGAGCUGGACCCUACUUUUGAGCCCAUCCCCACCCACGUGAACACGCCGGGCAGCCAGGCCAACGGCCCCAUGCCCCCCGACAGCGUGGGCGGCAGGCUGCGGGCGAGCGGCCUGCAGGACGCGGGAGAGGGCCCGGGCAGGGCCUCCGUGCGGCAAGGCUCCUCGGGGGACGAGCCGCUGGGCGGAAGGUUCCGGAAGCUGAGCCUCGGGCAGUAUGACAACGAUGCUGGGGGGCAGCCGGCCUUCUCCAAAUGUGGAUGGGGAAACACCCCCGGUGCGGACCAGGCCACAGGUCUGGCACCUUUCCUGUCUCCAGCAGACGCCAAGGAGACGGUGGCCGCCGCGUACCCCCCAGACCCCAACGGGAUCAGCAGCAGGACCUUCGCUCCAACCAAGGGUGGCUCUGACUCGGCCUCUCCCACGCCAGCGUUUCCCGUGUCUCCAGAAACACCGUAUGUGACGACAGCCCCACAUUAUCCGCCGUUCACCCCACCUGGGCUGCAGGGGGGCAGCGCCGGCGGUCUGUACAGAGGAGCUCACGAUACUCGAGGCUGCGCUGAGAUCCUGCAUCGCACAGUGGGGAUGUCUGAGAGCCCCGUGGGGCCCAAACCCGCGACGCUCCGGACCGACAUGCCGGCGGCACCUGCCUUUCAGCGGGCGUUCACGUCCUCCUGCACCAUCUCCAGCAGCAGCCCCGGCCAGCAGCGGGACAGCCCUUCGUCUGCCGAGCUCCCGUGGGUGGAGAGCAGCCCCAAAGCCACGCUGGCUCUGCUGGGGAGCAGCCGGCCGGCAGGAAGCCUCCUUGGCUCCGGAGAGUUUCCCAGCCCCAGCCCCGACGGCCCCGGGCGGCCCCACCUCCCGCCCGCGGAGCUCCAGGCCUCUUUCCACAACCAUGAGCUGUCCCUGGCGGAGCCCCCUGAAGCUCUGGGCCCCCCGAGUGGCCAGGCUUUCCUGAGUUUCGGCACGGCCCCCGUGGGAAGCGGCCUUCCCCCCGGGGAGGACCCGGGCGCCUUGCUGGCUCAUUCCCACGGAGCACCCCAGGCCCCUGGCACCCCGCGGACAACAGCAGUGGCUGACAACGGCUUCCUGUCCCACGGCUUUCUCAUGACGCCUGGCCAUGGCGGCCACCACAGCCCGGUCCUGCCGGGCCAGGGCCUGACCCUGCCCGGGCAGCCGCCCCUUCCUGAGAAGAAGCGAGCCUCAGAGGGGGACCGGUCUUUGGGUUCGGCCUCCCCGUCCUCGAGCGGCUUCUCCAGCCCGCACAGCGGGAGCACCAUGAGCAUCCCGUUCCCAAACGUCCUCCCGGACUUCCCCAAGCCUUUGGAGGCUGCAGCGCCCUCCCCAGAUAAUCCGGGUGAUAAGCAUGUGUCUGUGAACUUUGUCCAAGACACAUCCAAAUUCUGGUACAAGGCGGAUAUCUCCAGAGAGCAAGCCAUCGCCAUGCUGAAGGACAAGGAGCCUGGCUCAUUCAUUGUCAGGGAUAGUCACUCCUUCCGAGGGGCCUACGGCCUGGCCAUGAAGGUGGCCACUCCUCCCCCUUCUGUCCUGCAGCUCAACAAGAAAGCGGGAGAUCUGGCCAAUGAACUCGUUCGGCACUUUUUGAUCGAGUGUACCCCGAAGGGAGUGCGGUUGAAGGGGUGCCCCAACGAACCCUAUUUCGGGAGCCUCACGGCUUUGGUGUGUCAGCAUUCCAUCACGCCCUUGGCUUUGCCCUGCAAGCUGCUCAUUCCAGACAGAGAUCCGUUGGAGGAGAUAGCCGACAGCUCUCCCCAGACGGCAGCCAACUCGGCCGCGGAGCUCCUGAAGCAAGGGGCAGCCUGCAACGUGUGGUACCUGAACUCCGUGGAGAUGGAGUCGCUCACGGGCCCCCAGGCCGUCCAGAAGGCCCUGAGCCUCACCCUCGUGCAGGAGCCGUCCCCCCUGUGUACGGUCGUGCACUUCAAGGUGUCGGCCCAGGGCAUCACCCUGACGGACAACCAGAGGAAGCUCUUCUUCCGGAGACAUUACCCCGUGAGCAGCGUGAUCUUCUGCGCGUUGGAUCCACAGGACCGGAAGUGGAUCACGGAUGGCCCCUGCUCGAGGGUCUUCGGGUUUGUGGCCCGCAAACAGGGCAGCGCCACAGACAAUGUGUGCCACUUGUUCGCGGAGCACGACCCCGAGCAGCCUGCGAAUGCCAUCGUCAACUUCGUGUCAAAGGUCAUGAUCGGGUCCCCUAAGAAGAUCUGAGCCCCUCCCAGCCAGAGACCCGAGCGGGGCUGGGGCGUGCCCCGCGAAGCAACCGGCCAGCCUGACGUUCCAGCCCCAGGAGGCCGAGGGGCUCCCCCUCCGGCUUCACGAACAGGAGGACAGAUGGCCCCCCCUCCUGCUGUCCCUUCCUGAAAGACUGCUCACGGACACACCUCUGUGGCCAAGCGCUUCCCGGGUGGAGGAAAUUGGGCUCCACACUGGCAGGGGCCCCCGUGUUCCUUGCAGCCGGCGUCUGUGGGAAGGAGGGCGCCCAGCCCCUGCACGUGGCCCCUGGGUGGCCGGCGGCACCAUCAGCCUCACGGAGGGCCCCCGUCCACCCAGCACCCGGGGGAGGCCUCUCUCCUCCACAACGGAGACGCUAGCUCACCGAGAAGGGGAUGCAUGUUUGCUGAAGGUUCGUGCAGGUCAGGCCCUUCCGGAACUCUGGGGGCAUGAGCGAGGGGGCGACGUGAUGGCUGUGAGGACCAGGAAGGCCACCCAGUCCCGGGGGAGGGGCACCGUGAGCCCCGGCCGGGCGGGCCGGCGGCAGCUCCAGGCUCUCGCUCCGGCUCCGAGCGGCGUGUUGUCCGUGAGAGCAGAGGGAACGUGGACGCGAGAUGUCUUUUCAUAUAAUUUAUAUUCUACUUAUGCCAAAUUAUUUAUGAUAAAUUGCUGGGCAGGACGGGGUCCCACUUCUGGGGGCUGCCAAGCCGAACCCAUGCCCACGAUCAAGGGCCGCGUCCCCAGCAGGCCGGCCACAGCAGCCUUGACCACCCCAGUACCACCCCAGUCCUUGCCAUGGACGGUUCGGGUCCAGGCGGCGGCGGGUGACGUCCUUUCUGGGGAGGAAGUUUCCGGAGGGUGGGUCACCUUUGGGUGGAGACUCGGCCCUGCUCUCCACGGCUCUUCUCGGCCCUCUGUGAGCCGUUGGCCCCUUGUCCCCGCCUCUAUGUGUUUCUGGCCUCCUGAGCAGAGGAGGAAGGGGAGGAAGAUGAUGAAUCUCAGUCCUUCAAGGCUGUUCUUGAGCUGAGGGCCACUCCUCUGCAUCUCCUGGGCGACCGAAUCAGGGGUGCUGGUCACGCCAAGGCUCCUGUGUGUCCCCCAGGGCGGGAGUUGGGGCUGACAACGGCGGACGGGAGGCUCGGUCUCCUCCCGCACAGCCGGGGCGCCCCGCGGCUCUGGGGCCCGGGGAGCUGCCCACUCUGCCCGACUUUCCAAAAUCAAGACCAGCUCUUCGGCCCCCCCCGCGAGUCACCAGCGGGCACCACACCAGGGGUGGAAACGUGGUUGUGAGUUCUCUGUGUGAAGCGGGUCAGAGACGGACGUGCCGACUGGCAGAGCUGGAAGCGAGUCGCAGGGGGGUGUCGUACGUGUGUGAAAGCAGGUGGACGGGUCCACUGCAGCUCCUAUCGAUGCACCAAACAUAAGUGCCUCAUUUCUGUGCCAAAUGUCUGCCUUGGUCUUCGCGGACCUUCUUCCCCGACAGGUGUUGGUGUGGAAUGCACUGGUAUCUCCCAGGGGCCCCGGGGUCUGGUCCUCGGCAGGGGCGGCUGGCAUGUUGGGAUUCCAUUCGUGGCAGAAAUUCGGCCAGGGGGACCCGAGGUGCCGUCCCCAAGGGGCGCCUCAUCCCAAGGUGGCUUCUACCCAUUUUGACCCAAAGACCGCAGGUCGGGUCCCUCAUCCUUCCGACCCAAGGACGAGAGGGCUCGUUUACAGACCGGAGAGCGGGUGGGGGUGGGGCCCAGAAGCACAAGCUGGUGGACGAUAUGGGCAUCGGGGCCUCCUGUGCGGUCCCUGUCCAGAGCAUCCAAGAAGACACACUCCCUGGCCUGUGAGACAGACCGGCCGGCUGUGGCUUUUCCUCACAGUGGCCAGGGCGUCGGGAAGUUUGCUCCCUCUGUGGAGCCGAGGGACGCCGAUUCCCCGGUUCCUGACGAGGUGGUACGACAGGUUUCUUCCUGUGUUACACGUGCAUCACACAGAACGAGAGGAAUCCACGAACUGGGGGCUCAGAGCGCGGCAAGCCGCACCCCCGCCCCCACGCAGGCUCGGGGACACUCCGCGUGAUCCCUGGCAUGGGGGUCCCGUCCCGGGGAGGUCGAGGGUCUCCACCGCGUCACAGCCAGGGUCCUAUUAACCUGCUCAUUAACCGGACGCUGUGUUCCUCCAGUGUUAAUCUAUACCCGCGGCGAGUCACACCGAAUUUAAGGGUCGCCGUGUGCAUCCUCGGUGUCAAAGACCUCGUGUCUCCUUAGCUGCCUUGCUUAUUAGUGGGUAUUUUUACUUUUCUUAUAUUGUAAAGAAUAUAUCCAGUUAUGUAAAUGAAUGUUCUAUAAACCCUUUGUAUAGUCAUUUUCUCUGCUUUUCAGAUAUCCUCUCUAUUCAGAGUAUAAUAAAAUUAUACACGCGGGAAAGCCUCGGCGAGGCAGAUAUUAGUUGUGUUGG